CGACCCGUCAGCUCGAUGAGGCCCGAGUGAUAUUACAGCUCUAGCUAGUUUGGUUUUGUUUGACGAUCAAGGCGACUGUUGAUAUAUAUCAAUUCGCGCGAUCCGGAGGAAUUUGCCGGAGUAAAAGUAAACAUCUGAUAUUGUUCUCGCAAAGAUGAGGGUCGAUCAAAUCGGACUGCUCUUAUGGAAGAAUUACAUCGUGCGAAAACGCCAACCGGGUAUAACGGCCCUGGUAUUCGUAUGGCCGGUGGUCGUGUUCAUGAUCCUCUACACGAUUCGUGACAACGUGGAUCCGAGGUACUAUCCAACUUGCCAAUUUCCUGCGAGGUCGAUGCCACAGGAUGGUCUGCUCCCGUUCGUUCAGAGUUUCAUCUGCAGCCUUGGGAAUCCCUGCGACCCUCUGUCGGAAUACGAAGAGGUUCCCUCUUACAGAAACGCCACUCUAGGUCCGUUGGUGGUAGAGUUGCAGCCGAUGCUCGGUAACGAGACGAUUCUUUCCGCCAUCAGCACCCUGCCGAAUAGCAUCCAGCUUCUGAAAUCAAUGGCGCAGAUACUUACCAGACCGGAAAUCAAAUCGCUGUUCGAUCGAGGGAUUCGAUUGGGUGAUCUGUUCAACAACCACGAGGAAAUCAAGAACCACCUCAGGCUUCAGAUGCCGUACGCGCGAAUCGGAUUGAUCGACCAACUGUUCAACUCGUCUAUAAAGUUGUUAUACCUCGUCGAGGCGUUCGGCUCGUCCAAUAUCGACGGAGUGAUCUGCUCGCCGGAAAGUUUGAAGAAGUACCUGAUUCUACGGGACGAGCAGGACUACGCGGAGAUCUCCAAGAUGCUCUGCGACAUCGACUCGGACAUGAUACCCGACAUGCUCGAGAGUUUGUCCAAGCACCUUGAUUUUUCCGGUUUACUGGAGAUGGUCGACCGAGUAAUGGCAAAGUUCCGCGACUACGAUUUCUUCGACGACCUGAGGAGAGCGGUCGAAACGAUCCUCGAGCUGCAGACCGUGCAGAAGUACAUCCCAGAGUAUUUGAAGAUACGCCAAUGGCUGCCAAAGAUAAUAACGAUGUUCAAGAACGUCACGUUCAAAGAGAUUGACCUGACUUUCGUGAACAAAUCGAUGCAAGUUUUGGACCCGGUGUUUUCGAAGGAGCGCGACUGGCCAACCGUGCGGCAGGCAUUCUCAAAGUUGCAAAAGUUCCUCGAGCUGGCUAAACAAACAUUGAACGAUCGAACUACCGUCGACUCGUCCGACAGUUUUUUCAUACUAGUGCAGCGUUUAUCCGGCGGGUUUCAACUUAUGCUCGACAGUGUGGCGAAUCCGGAGAAUUUCACUCAAAUUCUGGACCUGGGCAUUUCCAUUCUGCACGACGGCGCCAAAUUAACGCAGAGUAUCUUGGACCGUCACGUCGACGACAUUCAACUACCAGCCGAGAUUCUGGACGGACUCACGGAUUUUUUCUCGGACAACGUCCUAGCAACGUUGAGCUACGUCAUAUCUUUCAUGCGAGUUAUAGUCAGGAUGCUGCAUCACGCCGCCGUCAUUCACGAGGACGUUCAAUACAGAGUUUACAAUAUUUCCAUAAAUCACAAGGACACGGUGGAGAAACUGUUAACGAGCCUCGAGCCGAACGUUUAUCGAGCUCUCGUCAAAUCGUUCUCCAACUUGAACUUCGUCGAGAAAUUCGUGGAUAAAGUCAAGUUCAACAGAGUGGAGGAUUUCUUUUGUCAAGGGGAGACGUUGAACGAAAUCAUUCGGCUCUCCGAACUGGGGAGGAACGAAUCUAGGUAUAUCGAGGACACAGUGUGCAACGAUGCCGGGAAGAAGUUCAUCCGUGAUGUGUACGAAAGUUUCGCGCUGAACAACUUCGAGAGCAUAAUGAACGACGCUUUGUCCACGGUGUUCAGCAUGGUGCUGCACAGGGUAGUCAGCAUCGAGAAAUCGAACCUAACAUCGCUCGUCAGCAACACGAGGGAACUGGUGUCGCAUUUGAACUCGCCGAGGAGACCAGAGCCCGACUGGACCGUGUUCAAGUUCAAUGAAAAAUGGCACGAGGCUUUCGAAGAAACUCGAGCCCAAGGAAGAUUGAACCUCCUGGCGAUCCACUUGAGCAUCGCGAAAAUGAUCGGUUCUCAUAGUUUAACUUACACCACCAUCGAGCCUGACCUGAGGAAGAUGGACAUACUCGCGGAGAUAAUCCUGCAGGACUUGAAGAGGAAUCCCACGAGCUGGAUCGGUGAAUUCAGACAGCGGAAGAUGGAACUGAUCGAGUCGUUCUACUUGACAGUGAUCGACAAGGAUAAGGCUCUAAACAUUCUGGAAUACGACAAUUUCACGAGAAUCUACUGCACGAAUCCGUACCGACCGGACUUGAUCAAUUUCCCGAAAGGCUCGAACGAAACUGUGCUGAAGGCGUUGGUCUGUCGCAUCUCGAAGUUGGUGCAAACGGACUUGGAGAUGAACAUAUCGGACAUCGAGCAGACGGAGGAAUUCCGCUACAGGAACAAGGCGCCGUUCAAUUGGACGGGCUUCAACGCGAAAACGAUCGAGAUUUAUCGUUACGUCGAUACUCUGGUCCACCAGGAGAAUUCGGACUACAACUCGAGCAGAUUGGAAAGAUUGAAGGAGGAGUUUCAAACGUCAUGGAGCCUCAAUUUAGGCGCGAAAGAUGUUUUCGAGAUGAGCGUAGGUUUGAUCUGCAAGUUCUUCAGUCUGAUGGAGAGCCCUCUGUUCCGCGCGAAAGGAAUGUGGAAGGAGAUGCACGCGAUUGCCUGGGCGUCAUCGGUGAUCUUCGAGAACGUCGAGAGGAUCGUCGAUCAAAUCCAAAAGAACGAUCAUACGGCGAAGCUGUCCGAGGUGCUGCAGGACAUGCCGCAGACGGAGAUACUUCUGAGCGCUGUCCUGCGAAACUUGUCCCCUCUGAUCCUCGACGUUGUCGACAUCGUUACCAUGAAGCCGAUUCAUCUCAUAUCCGUCCUAGAUGAUUACAAGACGCGAGAGGAACAUUGGCCCUGCGUGAAAAACGAGAGCGUCGGAUCUGCCAUGGAGAUGCGGGACGGCACUCGGGAAAUAAUAAGGGAGAUCGAGAGGGUGUCGUGUAAUCCAGCUUUGUUUAUUAAAGAAUGGAGAGAGCAAGCGGUGUUCGCGAGAGCGAAGAAAAUUUUUCAGCGUGACAACGUGAUUCAAUCGCCGCCCUUCAAUUGGACUUUGGGUUACAUAAUAUUCCGUCGACAGGCCAAGAAGCUCGACGAUCUGGUCAACGACGUGAAAGAAGUUGUUCUGGCGGAGCAGCCGAAUUUCUCGGAGCACUUGGAGUCCCUCGUGUCAGAAGUUAAGAGCAUAUUCAGCAAUAGAUGGCCGGAUAUGAAGAACGAUGCCAAAAACACCCUCGAAUACAUCGACUACGAAUUGGACAAGAUAGUGACGGUUUUCCAGAAUCAUCUUUCGGCUAAAGAAUUUUGGACACCGACGAUUCGCGUGGAGGAUCGAGUUCUCCUUCUGGUGAAAUAUCUCUCGCACGUUGUUCACAAAACGAUAAAGACUGCAACUGACAUUUUACGCGAUGCUGCGUUGCAACAGCCUUCGGAAAAAUCCGUAAAAUUUAGCUUGCUACCUCUGUUGGGGUUCAACGACAAAACACCAAUCUCGAUUUAUUACAACAAGCUGCACUACGUUCUGGCCACGCUGGUCAACGGAUUAUCGGCCUCGGACGUCGGCAAUCGCAUAGUAACGUCAUCAGGCAACGUCACGUGUUCUCGAUUAUUCGAAUGGUGGUCGGAUCACGUCAUGGGCCUUAGCUCCGAGGAAUACAGGAUUUUGAAGAAUUUCACCUGUGAUCUUGUCCCUGACAACUUCAACGCUUACACUGACCUGUACAUGGCCGAGGAAAGUCUAUGGUCGAAGCCUGUCAAUAGCUAUCGAUCGUACACGAUCACGUCGAUUGGCGACUUGUACGAAUUUGCGUUUGAAGUUCGGAGCAUCAUGGGAAGCACAGCGGACAGGAACGUGGAAAUCGAGAUGCCAUUUUCGAUGUCGUAUCUGUCGACUACUCUUGAGAAGUUCAAGGACGCUCUAGAGUUCCACGACGAAGAGACCAUUCAAGAGAAGGAGUUAAGAGGGAGUAAUUACGGAAUCUUUAUCGAGGGUGUCGCCGAGGUUUUGAAUCACAUCGCGAACGCGAUGAAAAACAUCAACACCGAGAACAGUGAUAUCAACAUUUGGGACCUUGUCGAGAGUGGCGAUGCCCGCCAGUUGUUGAAGAUUCUCGACCAUCAUCCCGAGGAAACGAUCGCUCUGGUGGCUAGUCUUACCACGCUCGAUUCGUCGACAAACGCUCUCACGUCGUACGAGGACGUAAGGAGAGCCAUGUGCAACUUUCGGUUCAACUCGAGCUACUGGUCCACUCCGAACAGAACUCGAUUCGUGACGGAAAUAUGCUCCCUCGACCCCGAACAAUUACUCAAGAGCGUCACCAGCGCGGAUUACUACUCUCGCGUGACCGGUCAAACGACGUUACCAAAAUUAACGUCCCUGAGCUCCUCCGUUACCAAACUGUUGGACACGGCGUUGAACUUGCAAGCGGGGCGGGAGUCCGCUCUCGUCAUAAAGUCGAGAAUUUUCAACGGCACCACCUGGAGGAAUUUGUCGAACGAGACGUGGUCCGUGAUCGGGAGAGCCGGCGAAACCUGGAUCCGUAAGAGCACGAGGUUCAUCGAGAAUCGCGAAAAUCAGACGAGAUUAGACGGGGCGACGGACCCGUUCACGAAAUUGGCCCGGGCGUAUCAGCUUCUGGACGCCACGGUCGAGCUACUGGCCGGCGGCGAUAUUUGGCAAAAGGUUCGCGCCGUCUACGAGAACUCGAGGGUGAAACCUAUCUUAACUCUGAUAGAAGACCUGCCGAACCUCGCCGUCACCGGUGUUGACACUUUCGUGAAGUCGGAGAGAUUGAACGAUUUCGGGGAGAAACUCUCGCUCGGCAAGGUACACCCGUGCGACAUCGACAAAUAUUUGAUCGUGCCCAGUUUCGUACGGAAGAAGGUCCUUUUGUCGAGCAUCACCAACUUCUGCCAAAAGAUCGUUCUCAACGAGAGACGGCUGACUUUGAUCGAUAUAUUGCCCCUCGAUGUCAAGUUUGAGGAGAGACGAAGAUGGAGGAACUCGUCGGACGCGUACGACGAGAGUUACUUGCUGAAAAAACUGGCGCACGUCGAGUCGACGAUAAUUCGAGCCGCCUCGGAAGGUUACAAAGAGCCGAAGGUUCCAAUAUGGUGGACGUCUUUCAAGGAAGGCAGCCUCGAGGAUUUUUUGGCCCAAUACAGAAAGGAGGAUUUGACUGCGCUCGCGCACUUGGUGGUGAAAAAGGUCUUCACGUUCGCUGGGAACGUUCUGAAUUCCGCCGAGAGUACCAAAGACUGUUCGUGGUGCGUCACGAUCCCCCUCGAAAUUCUCAAUUCCCAGCUGCGGAACCAUCAGCUGUACGGGAAGCUUCUGUGUCAGUUGCCCAAGUUGAACAUAUCGAAGAUCCACGAUAUCCUGAUGCACGAUUUCUAUUGGAAUAAAACCGCUACUAUGAUACAGAAUUACAGCUAUCUAAGCGUCAAACGGACUAGACGCGAGUUCCUGGAGACUUUGGAAGGCACGUUCCACCACGUCGCCGACAUACUGGUGAAUUUUGGGAACGAGACCUACAGCGACAGGAUGGACGAAUGUUUCUACAGAUUCGUCGGACGUCCCGCUUAUUCCAGACCAGGACUGUACGUGACCAUGGUCCUCGGAAUGUUGGACGUGCUGCAGAAGAACGUGUUCAUCGUGGAGACGAGUCGAAAUCACAGGAACAUCGACGCGUUGUCCAGGAUAGCGGAGAAGUACGUCCCGAUCUGGAUGCCGCUGCGCGACGUCGUGAAGACGUCGCACGUCGAUCAUGUGGAGGCGUUCCUGCCAGGAGCGAUGAUUAAUGUGAACGCGUUGUUGAACGACAGAAACAACUCUCUUUGCAAGACGAAGCCGGAAUGCCGGAACAAGACGAUCCUGUACAAUUAUCUCAGUUCGAAGAGAGGGGAGAAAGCGUUCCAGUACGAUCCGAAAGCGUCGUCGAACUAUCGCUCGUUGACGGUGAUCGCCGAUCGGUUGUCCGAGAGUCUGGAUCUAGAUCGGAUCGAUCGCGAGCUGGGGCAGUGGCGUAUGGACGCCGCGUGGAACUUAACGUGGCUGAAGGAGAUCCUCAGGCACUUGUCCGUCGUUAUCGAAGAGAGCGGCAAUCUGCUCGACGUCGCCAGUAAAAUAGACUUUGAGGACGUCUCGAAUGUCCUGGAAGUUCCUGAUAUCGUCGACGGAGUGGUUAAUAUCCUGAAGGAUAAGACGGUGGACAAGCUUUUCGACGGAAUGAAGGAAUUAGCCGAAGACAUUAAGCCGUUCGUCGAGGAUCAAUACGUGCUGGACGAUAUCUAUCGAAUAAUCGCGACGCUGCAGUCGAUGGACAUCUUCAAGAAUUUAGGACUGCUCGACAUGAAAUACGUUAUCAGAGAUAUGUUCGACAACUGGGACGCGGUGAGGUCGUACCUGGUGGAUAAGAUCGGAAUUUCCAACGACGCCGCGUUGACGCUGAGCCAGGCCAAGAUCGACAUGAUUCCCGUUUUCAUGAAAGAAAGAAGAGCUCUCAGCUUGAGGGAGAUCAUUUGCUCGCCGGCGAAACUCGGCGACAUGUUGAAUUUCAAUGGCGGCCGAGCCACCCCCGAGGAAAUCAGUUCCACUGUUUGUCAGCUGGACGACUCGCAGACGCGCGACGUGGCGAUAAUGUUGAUCAAAAAUUUAAAUUUCGACUACAUCUUUAAGACAGUGAUGAGCGCGAACGUGAAAAGUAUAUUGGCCAACGCGAACUUGACGGAGACAGAGGGAAAAAUGGUACUGGAUAAUCUCGGCGUGGCCGCGGAGUUGUUGCCGUUCUUCAAAGACAAACUUUCUUCCUCUCGAAUGCCAACGGCGGAGGCGUUGGAGACAGAUGCGCAAGAACCGGAUCAAACUACAGUCCCUACGUCCAAGUUCCUUCAGGAUUCCAGCGAGAUGCUGUGCGGGCAGCCGAUGGUCUCCGAUAACGGUGACUUGUACAGAAUCAUCUCGAGGAUCGAGGACAAUAGCAAAGUGUUCGACAAGGCUGAGCUCGACUCUCUGCCCACCGAUUUUUGCAGAGACACCUACAAAAGUAUGGUAACGAUGAAUGGCGGGAAAAUCAUAUGGUCUUACGUGAAACCUCUGCUACGUGGCCAGAUACUUUACGCCCCCAACACCACGGCGAUCAACAAUAUAAUGACAUUGGCAAACAAAACGUUCGUGGAAAUGGAGCACUUCGGCGUGUUGAUGAACAGUUUCGAGAGAACUUUGAUCUCGUUGAUGAAUCUUACCGAGAUGAGCGACAGUCUGAAGGAGCUUCAAGACAUAAUGUCGUCGGACGUUAUAAAAAUUGCCAUCAGAUCAUUUGGUGGCGGUGACUUCAAAGGCGGAGAUUUCGCCGAUAUGAAUCUCAGCGAGAUUUCGUGGCGACUGAAAAGGUCGAAACGUUUGAUAACGAUGGUCGGCAUGUUGAAUGAUUUACUAGAGUGCGUGCUCGUGGAUCGAAUAAAAGGAUUUCGAUCCGAGGAGGAAAUGGAAGCGGAAGCACGGCUUCUGAUGGAAACGCGGGAAUUUUUGGCCGGUGUUGUUUUUCUGGAUAAAGCGCCGAAAAGGUCCGGCAGAUCUACGAAGCAGCAGCUACCUGACGAUAUAGUUUACAAAAUUCGAAUGGACGUGGACUACGUGCAGUCCACCAAGAGAUUAAAAAAUCAAUUUUGGACUCCCGGCCCGGAGAGCAGUUUCAUCGAGCACCUGAGAUACCUGAGAGGAUUUGUACAGCUUCAGGACUCUAUCGAUCGAGCGAUCAUAAGUACAAAGACUCGGAAGGAUCAGAAUUGGAAGACUGUGACACAACAAAUGCCAUACCCUUGCUGGAAAGACGUACCCUUUCAAACCACUCUUUACGAGUCUCAGGGUGUCCAAGUCUGUUUCUUCUUCGCGUUGAUGAUGUGCGUGGGAGCAGCUGUCAGACACAUCGUGUGGGAAAGGGAAUCUCAAAACGCGAUGGUAAUGAGCGUGAUGGGAUUGAAGCCUUGGAGGAACACGAUGGCCUGGUUCAUUACCACGUUUAUAGAACUUCUAAUCGUGAUGUUCUCCAUCGCCACGGUUCUCUUCGCCGGCGGGAUUUUACCAAAAUCCGAUCCCUCUUUGAUCUUAAUCUUGAUGAUCGAUUACAUCUUCUCCAUCGUCACUUUCUGCUACAUGAUUUCAACGAUGUGCAGCUCGGCAAGCCUGGCAGCGAUCAUCACCGUGGUCAUGUUCCUUCUGACAUUCAUGCCAUACGUCAUUGUCAUUGCUAUGGAGGCGGUUAUUGGCCUCGGUUAUAAGCUUCUCAUCUGUCUCAGCAUGUCGACCAGCUUCUGUUACGGCUGCUUGUACACCGCCAGGAAGGAAGUUCAAGGCGUCGGGCUGACUUGGAGCGCGAUGUGGGAGGAAUCCAGUCCCGGUGAUUCCAUGUCCUUGGGCCUGGUGUUCCUAAUGAUCGCCUUCGACGGCUGUCUUUAUGCCACGAUCGGUUAUCUCAUCGCUAGAUACACCAACUCAGGCAGGGGCUUUCACGAUUUGAGGUCCCGUAGCCUAUGGUGGGCCGACAAACGUUCUCACUAUGGGAGGCCGAGUUACCUCACCUUCGUCAACAACCUCUAUUUCACUAACGACGUUCUCCACCCUUCAGCCACUUACCAAGACGAGGAGAGCGACGUCAGUAAUUUGACCGUCAGCGAGAAACAGACAGGUGUGAGGUUCGACUGCGUCAAGAAGAUCUACAACACCGAUCAGGGCGAGGUGUUGGCGGUGGAUGACUUUACGCUGAGGCUUAACGAGGGAGAGGUGACGAGCCUCCUUGGGAGAAAUGGCGCUGGGAAAACCACCAUUAUUAAGAUGCUGACAGGGAUGCUGGCACCGACCACCGGUGAGAUCUGUUUGAACGGCGAGGAAGGCUGCAAGCCCGACAUAGGGGUCUGCCCUCAGGAUAACGUGCUCAUCGGCACCCUGACACCCAAGGAGCAUUUGAUCUUUUAUGCGAAACUGAAACACACCAAGGACGACGUGAACAUGCAACGAAGCGUGAACGAGAUGUUGAUGUCUAUGGAACUAGGGAAACACGAGCACGAGCCGGUCUACCGGCUCUCCGGCGGCACAAAGAGACGGCUUUGCGUAGCUUUGGCAUUUCUAGGCUCGCCAAAGCUGGUGAUCCUCGACGAACCGGGCGCCGGUGUGGAUCCAGCCGCGAGACGCAGAAUCUGGCGUCUAAUCGAUCAGCACAGGAUCGGCAGGACCGUCAUUCUGUCGACACAUCACCUGGACGAGGCUGACGUGCUCAGCGACACCGUAGUCGUGAUGCACAAGGGGAAGAUACUUUGCACCGGAUCGCCUUUAUCCCUGAAAAUGAUGCACGGACGUGGUUACAGGCUUCUCGUUACGUUCCCCGCCGAGCGUGACGAAAAUGCUGACUCGAUAGAGAGGAAUAAAGUGGAGACUCUGAAGGACGUGAUUGAAGAAGCGGUGCCUAACGCGGUGGUGAACGAAGUCUCUGGCACAGAAGCGGUCGUCACGUUGCCUUUCCAAGGGAAGAAUGGGAUAAACAACAAAUCCUUCAAUUUCAGCAUUGCUCAGGCUACGAAAGUUUUGGAAGACAGUCGCAAGAUUGUGGGCUACUCGCACUUUUCCCUGGAAUGCGACACGUUGGAAAGGGUGUUUCUGGAUCUGUGUUCGAGGGCAGAGAGUGGCUCGUCGAUCGUAACGCCUGCCCGGGAUAGUAUCGUCACUAUAGAUAACGUUGAUUUAGCAGUAGCUAAAGACAGCGGUGAUGUAAUCGAUGUCAAAGCACCCUUGAAUCCUUCCCCCCUCAGGCAGAUGAAAGCUCUGUUGAAGAAACGAAUGUGGCACUUCAAAAAGGACUGGCUGACAUUCUUAGCCGGCUUACUCUUGCCAACCAUGUUCGUUGCGGUCGCUAUGGGAUUCUCUUUGAUCAGGCCACCGUCCGAGGACGAACCGCCGCUGGUUCUUACCCCGAAAUUAUACGACACACAUCCGACCUAUUUCUACAGUAUCGACGACGGCGACAAUUCGUUCUUGCAACACGUGUCACUUCAGCUUCACGAUCGAUUCGGAGAUGACUACGCUGGCGCGUGGCAGACAUUGCCUAAUGACACGGGUACCUGCGAGUGUUUGGAUGGCCAACAGGUUUGUCACGGUGUGUCCCAAGCUGUCGAAGGUCUGCUGCAAGUAUUGCCUGGCAGGCCAACUCUAGACUGGAUAGUAUCGACUCACCAAGAAUACAUAGAAAAGAGAUACGGAGGAUGGUCGUUGUUCGAUCCCGACGACGAGCCAGUUUUUGUUGUCUGGUAUAAUAACAAAGGUCAUCACGCAUUACCGUCGUACUUGAGCGCAUUGAACGAGGCAAUCCUGAGAGCGUCGGGCGUUCAAGCUCGUCUAACAACGUUGAAUCAUCCGCUGAAGCUUUCCAGCGAUCAACUAAACCGAACGACCUUGCUGCAGCACGUGGCCGACGUUGGCGUCGCGCUCGUCCUUUUGAUCGCGUUCAACUUGGUGGCUGCUCAAGGAUCGAAAGAACUGGUGAGGGAAAGACUGUCGGAAGAGAAGAGGAUCCUCUAUCUCGCCGGUGUUCAUCCUGUCACGUACUGGAUCACCGUGCUAAUUUGGGACUUCUUUGUGUUUGGCUGUUCCGUUGCUCUGGCUGUGGUCGUUUUCGAAAUCUUUGGUCUCCCAACGUACGUCGCCAGAGACAAUCUACCUGGCAUUUGUCUAUUACUGUUCCUGUUCGCGUGGGCAGCGUUGCCGUUCUCGCAUUUAACGGAGAAAGCAUUCGACGACUCGAGCAUGUCGAACAUGGUCCUCUUCUGCGUCAACACGUUCAUAGGCGUAGCAUCCUUGGCCACCAUUUUGGUGCUCGACAUUCUCGGUAAAACGAAAACCGCGGAGGACGUACGAGACAUCUUGCACUACGUCCUGCUGAUCUUCCCCCAGUACGUCCUGGGCGACGCUCUCGUUCAAAUAUCGCGGAACGACAUCACCGCGCAGUUGUUGGGGAAAUUUCACAUGGACACUUAUCAGUCGCCGUUAGGCUGGGAGUUACUGGGUCUUCAUUACGUCUUCCUGGCCAUCGUUGGCGCCGUCCUCUUCUCUCUGAAUCUGAUGACAGAGUGCCGACUCCUUCCCAGCUGGAACAGGCAGAGAUGCCCGUACGAGGUGUUCGAAGAGGACGACGACGUGUCGAGGGAGAGGAUGAGGGUGGAGGGUGGCAUGUCGGACGACGUGUUGCAAACGGUGAAACUCCGCAAGGAGUACAGGAGCGUUUACGGGACGAACGUGGCCGUACAGAAUUUAAGCGUCGGUGUGCAGGCCGGAAAGUGUUUCGGCCUUUUGGGGACGAACGGCGCCGGGAAGAGCACCACAUUUCGUAUGUUGACGACGGAGAUCAUACCGACAGCAGGCAGGAUAAUACUGAAGGGCAAGGAGAUCGGCUCCGGGCCACUGUGCAACGGCGAGGUCGGUUAUUGUCCUCAGAGCGACGGUUUGGACGGUUUCCUCAGUCCGCAUCAGUGUCUAACGAUUCACGGGGAAGUUUGCGGGCUGAGCAACGUUCCCAAGGCGGUGGAGUUAGCGUUGAAGAGACUCGAUCUUCUGAAAUACGCGCACAAGAGAGUGAGCAGUCUCAGCGGAGGCAAUAAAAGGAAACUGUGCACCGCCUUGAGCGUAAUGGCGCCGGUGCCGGUGGUUCUUAUGGACGAGCCGACUAGCGGAAUGGAUCCGGCGACGAAGGAUCUCGUAGCCAAAACGAUCAGGCGUAUGACGAGGAAUCAGAGUUGCGUAAUUCUCACGUCGCACAGCGUGGCCGAGUGCGAAAAUCUGUGCAACAGGGUCGGCAUCCUCGCCAAGGCUGGCCUCAGAUGCAUAGGAACGCCACAACAUUUAAAACACAAAUUCGGCGAAGGUUACGUGGCGUUCCUGCGAUUCCGGCAGCCGAUAUUGUCCACGGAUCUGAGGAAAACUGUGGCGAAGUAUUUCCCUCAGGCUGUGGUCUCCUCGAGGCAGGCGAGCGCCGCUCGUUUGCUGAUACCGCGAAGCCAGGACAUGCCUGUGAGCAGCAGCUUUAAUAAGCUGAAGCUGCUGGCCGAGGAACUGAGAGCCACCGACUACACGCUGACCCAAAGUUCCCUGGAUCAGGUGCUCGUGAGUUUUUCGGAGGACGCGGACAACGAGGCCGAUGGAUCGAUUUGUGCAGAAAGCGGUAGCAACAAUGUCCCGAAUAUGUAUUCGAGCAUGGACACCAUACACAUGGAAACGUUCUCAUAGCAUGGUGCCCGCCAUCGAUUUGGAAUUUUUGUUUAAUUUGCGUGUUUUUAUACAGUUUACGAAUCAUUUAUCAACACGUAGAUCGUAGAGACUUCUGUGAUAGCUUUAUUUUUCGUUGUACAGCGCCAUGUUGAUCGGGCAAAGGGCUUUCAACUCUGCCUGUCGUUUCAGCUCGGGACGAGUGUUCACAAUUGAUUAAUUACUGAUUCGCGCGCAAAUGUCGCGCGCGAUAUGAAUUUUUAUACAAAACUUUGAUGUUUCGAAGGAUGGUCCACUCGAAAUGCUCCGUCGUGAAAUUUAUCGUGCGGUUGUGCGUUACCUACGUAAUUGAUUGAUCGUUAAUCCGGACGUGCGGCAAUAUUACUUUAUAGGAUGUGCGUUAAUCGUUCGUCGCGUGCACGAUGAUCGUGGCUUUGAUUCAAGUAUGUAGCUUCUCGUUCGAAAAUACAGAGGCACCGAGCUGAUAAGUGCUUAUUUCAUCCAAGUGAUAAAAGUUGGAUCGUGUUGCAUAAAGCGAAGAAAUCAGGUCAGCCGUUCAAAAAUUUCCACGCGGCCCGAUAAAUGCGUGAUGUUCGUAUCGCUGCUCUUCCUUGUGUACCAACACAAGUGCAUCGACCAACUGUAGAUAUAACCAUUACAUAAUAAUGUUUGUAAGAUUUUACGGUUUUUCACGUUAUCAAGUAUACGAUUUUAGAGUUCCUUAUUAAAAGAAAAAAGAAAAAAAAAAAAAAGGACGAAGUGAUUAAACAAGUCUCGUAAUAUUCAAUUUUCCAACGUCAAACAUGUGGGAAUGAUGAAAAGGCAACGUCGAAGUUAAUCAACGAUAUCUCUCUCGAGUGGCUGUAAUUGAUUUUCGCCGCUCUUUUUCUUAGAAGGAACUGUCGAUGAAAAAGUUCGCGAAAAAUCGAUGAAAUCACGCGCGAAAUCACGUCGUAAUUAUUGUUUCUGUCCCGAGAGUCCCGUGCCGUUUAUCGAUUACGCCGGUGCAAACUGGUACACACGGGAACACGCCACGUUUCACACCGUUUCGAGAUAUAGGCCUUACGAGAUUACGCAUCCGUUAUCGCGAUCGUUAUCAGCCACUGAUAGCCGACAUUGUACGGAGUUGUAAACCACAGAGUCGCGUGGACGAUUCGAAACGCGUCGAAUAUCAAAAAUACGUGUGCUGGUAACAAUUCCAAACAAAAAAGAAAAAAAGAGAGAGAGAGAGGUCUGAUGCAAACGAUGCGUUUCAUCGACGAGGCUCACGUCAGCCAUCUUUCAUCCCCUUCGAAAUUACAUGCUCGUCGGUGGAUCUCGUCUGCCUGUCUACGGAUUGUCUAUGAGAGGCGAAAUGUUCGCGCAAAAUUGGGGGAAUAUUCGAAUUUCUUCUCUCUGGCGGAGAAUGGUCUCAACGAUUUGAUUCGUGCUCGGUGUUACUCCAGCGUCAACGGAAUUUUCAUCGGUGUCAGCGGAACGAUCAAGUUGAGAGAGGAGAUAUUUGGGUGUACAUAUAUUUCGUGGACAUACACCGCGCGACACGGAUUCGUUCGAGACGAGGCGUGCGAUUUUCCCGGUUCAAGACUGGGAAGAGGCGUUUGUCUUCGUUCGUUCGCGUUCUAUCGAGGAACGGGGUAAUUGGCCGUGUAUAUUCGCGCGAAAGAGGCAGACAGAGAGAGAGAGAGAGAGAGAGA